UCAGGAAUCAGUGACCUUCAAGGAUGUAUCCAUAGACUUUACCCAGGAGGAAUGGAUGCGCCUGGAUACUUCUCAGAAGGAAUUUUACAGGGAUGUAAUGCUGGAGAACUAUAGUAACCUGGUCUGCCUGGGACUUGCAUUUUCCAAACCGUAUGUCAUCUACCAGCUGGAGCGAAGGGAAGCACCAUGGAUUCCGGAGGGAGAUAUGCCGAGGAAAUGCCAUCCAGAUUGGGAAACUAAGUAUGAAUCCAUGGAGUCUACUUCAAAGCUAAGUAUUUCAACGACAGACUCAUCCCAGGAAAUACUCAAGAGGAAUGGUCUCCUUAUUUCCUCAUUGGGAGAAUGCUUGGAACAUAAUGCCAAGUUAGGAAAUCAUCUGAGGAAUGAAGAGAAACAUUUCUGGGAAGUCAAAAUUGCGCAAAAGAAACAACCCAAUAAAUUUAGAGUCCAUGAAAAUAAUAGUUAUUGCAGAAGCUUCAAUCUAGGGCCAAUUCUUUUCCCACACCAUAUGGUAGGAAAGAGUCUGAGUAUAUGUGACACACAUGGAGAGUUCUUUAGAAUGCAUACAGAUAGAAGAAAAUGUAAUAGUAGGUACUCAAAUAAAACAUCAAAAUAUAGGAAAUGCCUCAUGUAUAAUUCAGCCUUUACUGACAGUGGUAGAAUAUGUAUUGGAGAGAGGCUUUAUGCUUGUGAUGAACGUGAGAAGACUAAUCCAAGGACAGGAUUUACCCUUCAUGAGAAAAUUCUUACCGGAAAGAAACCUUAUGAGACUAAUGAAUGUGGGAUCACCUUUUGCCUAAGGAUGGAGAUUCCUGGAUAUCAGAAUAUUCUUACUGGUGAGAAACCUAAUCAGUGUAAUGUAUGUGGGAAGACCUUUCGACUAAAAGCCCAACUAAAUCAGCAUCACACAAUUCAUACUGGUGAGAAACCCUACAAAUGUAAUGACUGUGGAAAGGCAUUUAGACUAAAAGGACAACUCAGUGAACAUCAGAAAACUCAUACUGGUGAGAAACCUUAUCAAUGUCGUGAAUGUGGGAAGGCCUUCUGCAGGCGUUCAAACCUCACCGAACAUCAGAGAAUUCACACUGGGGAGAAACCUUAUGAAUGUAAUGAAUGUGGCAGGGCCUUCUGCCUGAGUGCAGCUCUCACUAAACAUCAGAGAAUUCAUACUGGUGAGAAACCCUAUGAAUGUAACAUAUGUGGGAAGGCCUUUAGACUUAAAGCACAGCUUAAUCAACAUCAGUCAAUUCAUACGGGUGAGAAACCAUUUGAAUGCAAUGAAUGUGGGAAGGCUUUCCGUCAAAAAGGACAGCUUAAUGAACAUCACAAAAUUCAUACUGGUGAGAAACCUUAUGAAUGUAGUGAAUGUGGCAAGGCCUUCUGCAGGCGUUCAAACCUCACUGAACAUCAGAGAAUUCAUACUGGUGAGAAGCCUUAUGAAUGUAAUGAAUGCGGGAGGGCCUUCUGCCUAAGUACAACUCUCACAGAACACCGGAGAAUUCAUACUGGUGAGAAACCUCAUGAAUGUAUCGAAUGUGGGAAGGCCUUCCGACUAAAAGCACAGCUUAAUCAACAUCGCAGAAUUCAUACUGGAGAAAAACCUUAUACAUGUAAUCAAUGUGGGAAGGCCUUUUGUAGACGCUCUAACCUUACAGAGCAUCAGAAAAUUCACACUGGAGAGAAACCAUAUGAAUGUUUUGAAUGUGGGAAGGCCUUUAGCCAGAAAGUAAAACUUAUUCAACAUCAGACAAUUCAUACUGGUGAAAAACCUUAUGAAUGUAAUGAAUGUGGGAAAUCCUUCCGUCUGAGCACAGCACUUACUGAACAUCAAAGAAUUCAUACUGGAGAGAAACCUUAUGAAUGUAAUGAAUGUGGGAAGGCCUUCCGACUAAAAGCACAGCUUAAUCAACAUCGGAGAAUUCAUACUGGAGAGAAACCUUAUGAAUGUGAUAAAUGUGGGAAGGCUUUCUGUUGGGGCACACAGCUUAUAGAACAUAAAAGAAUUCAUUCUGGAGUAAAACCUUAUGACUGUAGUGAAUGUGGAGUGUCAUUCCACCUGAAAAGAGAGUACACUCAACAUCAGAGAAUUCAUUCUACAAAGAAAAUAUAUGGAUAUAAUGAUUGAGGGAAGGCUUUGUUCCUGAGCAAGCACUGCACUCAUCAUCAGCUUGUACUAAUCAGAAAUAAACUUAUGUAUUUGAUGAAUAUGGAAAGCCUUCAAACCAGAGCAUAACACUAAUUCAACAUCAGAUGAAUAUAAAAAUAUGAAUAUAACAAACCAAUGAAAUGUUUAUGCUAGAGUUAUCAUCCUUUACUAAAAACUAGAGAAUUGAAACAUAGGGGGAAACCCUUUCUCACAGUGGCUAUUCCAGUCCUAUUCCUUCUCAGAUUUACAAUGCCAAACUUAUACAUGACUUCGACUCUUCAUUUGUUGAGAAAAUUCAGGACAAUCUCAUAGAUGCUCCUUCAACUUGCCUACUUAACCAAAAUCUGAGGGCUCUCAACCGUGCACACUCACUUCUGUCACAAAGGAAAAAAUAUCCUUCCCCUUCUUUAAGAUUACUUUCUUACUCUUCCAACCCCUUAAUCCCAUUCUCCUCCUUGCUAAUUCCAGGAUAUUACUCCAGCAAUGAUGCAUCUUCACUCUAUUCAUCUAGAUCAAGAUUUCCCAGAAGUCUACAGUUAAAUUGUCUAGUUAAAGAAAUGAUUUUUAAAAUUAUAUGCAACUCAUUGUGCUCCUAUAGCUACAGACAAAAACUUUUUUUAUUAAAGCCCUAGUCUUCUCAGCACUAACUUUUUAAAGUAGAGGACACUUCAGUGAAUUAGCAUGUAAUGUGACGAUGAGUAGAGUAGUCCCAACUAAGGGGAUCCCAAAGAGAUCCCAGUUAACGGGCGGCUAUGGAGUUGAACAUUAAAUGAAGCUAACAGGCUUUGCAAAGGUGAAGGGAAGAGUGCAUUUCAGGAUGUAUAGAUUUGUUUUUCUAUGCUUGAUACAAGGGAGGGUUCUAUGGUGGGGGAAUUUGAUGGUGGUGAACAGUCAGACAGUCAUAACAGAAAUACAAAUACAUGGCAAUACAGCAUUUUAAAGAAGUUUUCCUUUUCAUUAUUAUGUACUUGGCAAACAUCAAAAAUAUGAACAUUUCCUUAGACCAGAGAUUCUUAACCUUUUUUGUGUUAUAGAUUCCUUUGGCAGCCUAGUCAAUUCCAUGGAUCUCUUCUUUGGAUGUUUGUUUAUUUUUUUAAUUCAAAAUCAAAAUGUUGAACUUCAGAAGUUGUAAAAAUAAAAUAAAGAUGUAAUCCCCCAAUUGCCUGAACUCUACCCCUGAACUCCAGGUUAAGAAUACCUGCCCUGGGCAAAGAAUAGAAAAAGGAAUGAACAUGAACAGUAAAUCUCCACUAUUCAUCUAUUGUGAUUUUUAUGUUUUUAUUCUAAAAUUUACAUGGCAGUUUCAACACUGCCCUGCUAGUCUCCAAUCCACUGUAAACUAUCAUCUGUUCUUUUUUUUUUUUUUAAUUGUAUCCACAGCACUUAACUCAGUAUCUGGCACGUUGUAAGUGUUAAAUAAAUGGUUACUGACUUUUA